AGCCCCUCCCCUUGGCUCCCCCAAACCCUCCCAGAACCUUUAUCAGGGAGCUGGGACUGGUUCCUGCCACCUUCCAGAGCCCCUGCAUUCUCUUCUGCCUCCCCAGCAGUACCAGCCAGCUCCCUGAUCCUACCGUCCAGCCAGCUCCACAGACACCAUGAGGUGCGCCAUGCUGUUCGCUGCCAUCCUGGCGCUCAGCGUGGCUUGCAGCUUUGGGGCUGUCUGUGAGGAGUCUCAGGAGCAGGUGGCACCUGGUGGGAGGCACAGUAAGGACUCUGACCACUACCAGCUGCCCCAGUCUUUGCUCCGGAGACUCUAUGACAGCCGCUCCGUCUCUCUGGAAGGGUUGCUGAAAGUGCUGAGCAAGGCCAGCGUGGGACCUAAGGAGACAUCGCUUCCUCAGAAACGUGACAUGCAUGAUUUCUUUGUGGGACUCAUGGGCAAGAGGAACAGCCAGCCAGACACUCCCACUGAUGUGACUGAAGAGAAUACCCCCAGCUUCCGCACCCUCAAAUAGGCACCCGUGAGAAUAAGCACUCUACUUCUGGACCCCGGGCUGCAUCAUAAAGACAUAGUCCCUGUACCAAUCCCAGCGCAUGCUCUCCUGAUUCCCUUUCUCUUUCCCAAACUUGUACCUUCCUCCUUUUGAUUCCCUCUCCUCUUCAGCAUAGAAGCUGCAUGUGAAUAGCCUCAAUCCCCUGGCACUAAGUAUCCAGUAUGGUUUCUGUAGUGUCCUGCAUUAAAAAUACAGUGUUUCCUCUUCAACAAUAAAGGAUUUUUACAAAGGAGCGAAGUGAGA